UGCGUUUCCAUGGUUUGUGAUCGUCGUUGAAUCUUGGAGAUAUACUGUUGUAUCUUGAUGAAUUGCUUCUUUAGCACUACAUGGUUGGACACAACGGAAGGGUGGAAAACCCCUCAAGUUUGGCCACGAUCACUUUGACCUCGUUUUAAAUAUCACACUUUUAUCACACACCUGACGUGCACUCACUGUGUCACUCCAGUGGGUUUCUUAUUUUACGCAACAGUACCACACAGACUAACACGACUAUAAUUAACGUCGAGCACCAAGUUUCGAGAUAUUAUGAGCAGCAAUACACGCAGCAACUACACGAGUGAUUACACCACCACAACACACGCGACACAAACUAUAGACGGCAAUAAGGACCUCGGGGCUGAUACUAGCACUCUUUACGGUGGAAAAAACUACGAUAUCAACAGUAUUGGUGGUGCACAAUACGACUUGAAUACGAUGCAAAGCGAUCCUGUGAAUAGCAUGCACUUGGACACACAUGGAAACCCCAGUGCAGCUGAUAUAGCAGCACUACUUGCAGCGAAUAAAAUCACUAUGGACCCACCGUUUGUGCUGAAUUUGGAUGCCGCGGCGAUGGUUCUGUCACAGGCACAGCAUCAGAAUGCCAUGACACAACAACAGCACACACAGCAAUUAGACACACAGAUGCAACCACAACAACAACAGCCACACACACAACAGCAGAUGAAUGUGAGUUUAGGGAGUAUAGGUGCUACUGCACAAGCACAGCCGAAUUUGAGUUUACACUCUCAGGUACACGCUCAGGCUGUCACGCAGGCGCAGACACAGCAGUCAUUACAAUUCUUACAGCAGCAACAACAACAGCAAAGGUUUGUGCAACACCAACAACAACAACAACAACAACAACAACAACAACAACAACAACAACAACAACAACAACAACAGCAAAUACAACAACAGCAGCAACAACAGCAGCUGGACGGAAAGGGAAAUGUAAGUAGUACAAACGCAACCCAACUGCCUAAGAAUACGGCCUCUAUGAAUAUAAAUAUGAAUCACCACAACGCGAUGGCUACUGCGCAGGCAAACAUGGCUCUGAGCAAUGCACAUGCGGCUGGUACUGGAUUCCCACCGCAAUCGUUCCAUCAACAAAUGACAUCGAUGGGUCCACAGGCGGGGCACCACCAGACUCUCAAUGCUAUGUAUCCUCAACAUAUGAUGAUGGGCAAUACAGCGUUCACUGGGAUGCCAGGUAUGUCGAUCAUACCUUGCUUAUUAGUAUAUUAG